AUGGGCUCCAUUGGUCACCAUUCUCUCCCCCCGACAUUGCCCGACAGGCAACGGGCCGUCGUCCAGGCCGAAAGCCCUGCCGGGAAGCUCCAGAUCGUCACGGACCGACCUGUGCCCAAGCCCGCAUUCGACGAGGUCUUGGUCCGCGUUCAUGCCGUCGCGGUAAACCCGUCGGACUGGAAGAUGACCACGCAGUUCCCGUGCCCCGGUGCCGGGUGCGGCAUGGACUUCUCCGGAGUCGUGGUGGCAACCGGACACGGACUCGACCCAGCUUUGGGCAUCCGAGUCGGUGACGCUGUAGCCGGUGCUGUCCACGGCGCGAAUCCCUUUGACCCGCAAGCCGGCGCCUUUGCCGAGUACACUUGCGCUCUCGCUGACCUCUUAUGGAAGAUCCCGCGGCCGUGGGAUCUCACCGACGCCGCGACAGUCGGGGGCUGCUGUGUGGCUACCGUGGGCCUGGGCUUGUUCGCCGACGACGCACUCGGUCUCCCGUUUGGACUGGACCAAUUCGUGGCGGAUGGCAAGGCUUCUUUCGUUCUCGUAUAUGGGGGCAGCACAGCCUCGGGGACCAUGGCCAUCCAACUGGCAAAACUAUGCGGCUACCGAGUAAUCGCAACAUGCUCGCCUCGAAACGCCGCCAUGGUAGAGUCGUACGGAGCGGAGCGCACGUUUGACUACAGUAGUUCCUCUUGCGCCGCGGAUAUACGCGCGUACACCGAGAACACUCUGCACCAUGUGCUGGAUACCAUCGUUGAUCCAAAGUCCAUCCUGGUUGCCAACAAGGCGAUCGGACGUUCCGGCGGGCGCUAUGCCGGGCUCGAAGCCUUGCCGGAAGACGUCCUCGACGGCAGCGGUACAACUCGAAGAAUCAUCAAGUGGACCUACGUCAUGGGCACGAGCAUGAUCGGGAGAGAGGAAGGGCUCACGGGGCCGUAUUACAGCAAGCCGCGGCCGGAAAGGCGUGCCUUUGGCAAAUGGUGGUUUCGUACGGUCGUUCAAGACCUCGUGGACAAGGGUUUGCUUCGACCGCAUCCUGUGAAGCUGAUGGAGGGUGGACUGGAACGUGUUCCCGAGGGUGUUGAGAUGCUUCAGAAGAAGCUGGUGAGCGGCGAGAAACUGGUCUAUAAAGUUGUUUGA